AUGCGCAGCGUGGCACUUCGACACUUGAGAACCAGAGUUACACUCUCUUCUUUGCCCUCGCGACAUCGUUUGACCUUUCCUUCAGGCACAAGUCUACGCUACACUCGAACAACAGCAACGUCAUCCUCUCCAGUCUUGUAUCUUCCAAUAGAGGACGUUGAAAGCCUGUAUGGCUAUAGCCCAGGAGGCUAUCAUCCAAUUGAUAUCGGUGACCGUCUCGCUAGCCGAUAUCGCGUUGUACAUAAGCUCGGACACGGCAGCUUCUCAACCAUUUGGCUUGCUCGUGAUGAAAUCGCAUCCAAUGGACAUCAUCAGGCAUCUUUCCCAUUCGUCUCAUGGAUCGGAGCAUUAUGGGGAGGGAUGCAUUCUUCCGAUCCUGGACCAUUUCUGCAUCGCGGGGCCCAAUGGAACCAUCCAUGCUUCGUCACCGCACUUGCGCGAUGCAGUCUCAGGGACGCGCAAGAUGCCGCUGACUUCUAUAUGUUUCAGCUUCCAGUUGCAAGAUCCAUAGCUUCUCAGAUGGUCUACGUUGUAGCUUACAUUCACCGUCAGGGCUUGGCCCAUGGCGACCUCCACUUGGGGAACUUCCUUCUCCGUUUACCGUCUACUAUCGACCACCUGUCAGAUAACCAGAUAUACGAGAAGUUUUCUCCACCGAGACCCGAGCCCGUCAUCCGAGAAGACGGAAGCAACAAGCUUACGCCCUCUGAGUCAAAGAUCCUACUCGCCGACUUCGGCACAGCAUUUUAUCCCCACCGAAGACCAAGAUUUGGGUCUUCUACGCCUCUCGACAUAUCCCCGCCCGAGGCACGAUUCGAGCCAACAACUCCACUGUCUUUCUCAGCUGAUAUCUGGAGCCUUGCGCAUGCCAUCUGGGCAGUAAUGGGACUGAAGACCGUCGUUGGUAGCUUCUUGUUGAGUGAGGAUGACGUUACUCAAGAACAGGUUGAUACUCUCGGGAUUCUGCCUGACGAAUGGUGGAACAAAUGGGAAGCCAGAUCCCGAUGGUUCAUGGAAGAUGGAAGCCAUAAGAACGGUGGAUGCCCAGAGAGGUUGGAGGGACGGUUUGACUCAAGUAUUCAGGACCCAAGACGCAAGCGUGGCAUGGAGAUUCUUGGUGAAAAGGAAAGUCACGCCUUUAAAGAAAUGAUACGGUGGAUGCUAUCUUACAGCCCUGGCGAUCGACCAACCGCAGAGCAAAUUUUAAAAACAGAUUGGAUGAAAUAUUGGGCAAUGCCCAACUUUGAUAACAUUCAUAAAUGA